AUGGCUAAUCCAAAAUCAGAAAUUGCUCGCCAGAGCUACAUAGAUGAAGAACCAUUCAAAGGAAUAAAAAUAGAUGAUAACUCCAUUCUAGACUCCCUGCAAGGUCGUCAUCCAUGUCCAAAGUGUGGUAAAUCCAGAAAGUUUUAUUGUUAUUCCUGUUAUGUUCCUAUAGCAGAACUAGAAGGGAAACUGCCAAGUGUGAAACUGCCAAUCAAAAUAGAUAUCAUCAAACACAAGCAUGAAAUUGACGGCAAAAGUACAGCAGGACAUGCUGCAAUACUAGCUAGUAGAGAUGUCUCAAUCUACACUUACCCAGACAUUCCAGACUACACAAAUCAACCUGUUGUUUUGAUAUUUCCUAGUCAAAAUGCCAUCAGCAUUAGCCAAUUAGUUUCAGGUUCACAGAAACAAGUGUUAGAAUACCAAAAUGCUCCAUUGGAUGAAGUGCCACAGGGAUUCAAUAGGAGCACCUUGAUGAAGAAAAUACCAAAAACUCGAGAAGAUUAUAAAUUCCAAGGGAGAUCACAGGAGUUGCCUUUCACUAAGGCUGUAUUUAUAGAUAGUACUUGGAAUCAAAGUAAAGGUAUCUAUAAGGACAACAGAGUGAAUAACAUCCCUUGUGUGGUUAUUCAAAAUCGUAUCUCUCAGUUUUGGAGACACCAAAAAGGCAGCCCACGCUGGUAUCUGGCCACUAUUGAGGCAAUUCACCAGUUUCUGAUAGAAGUCCAUUUGCACCGUUGGGGCCUGAAUCCUGCCUACAAAGGCAUCAAUAAUUGUUUCACUGAAAGUUGUCUCAGCCAGUUUGAGUUGCUGUACAGUAGUGAUAGUGAUGCUUAUGAUGGACAAUAUGAUAACUUACUUUAUUUUUUUCAGCACAUGUAUGAUUUGAUUCACAAGUAUUAUGAGCAUGGUGAGUUGUAUGCAUAUAAAAGGAGAUUGAAAUGA